AUGUGCAGCUGCCGCUGCCGCAACUCACCCCACAAUCCCGGAUAUAAGUCCUGCCCCUUUAAGAGAAAAAGCUUCCCCCGCCUGCCUCCCACCCCACCCAUCCACAAGGACCUUUGUCUCCCCACCCCCUCUGUCAGUCGGCCCCGCCCCAUAUUCCCGCCUCCUCCAACUCGGAGGAACCAAUGGGGGAAGAAAAUAAGGCAGUCUGACGUCAGCGUGUCCGGCCAAUCACAGGGCGCGUUGGUGGGAGGCCUGGCGGACGGCGCGCCUGGAGGAAGGAAGGCAGGAGAAAGGAAGCGUGAAGUCAAGAUGGAGCCUGCUAGUUGCUCCGCCGCUGCUGUGGCGAAUGGGGACUUGGGAUCCCAGCGGGACCGGAGCCUGGUUCCCGAGCGGCUUCAGAGGCGAGAACACGAGAGGCAAUUGGAGGUGGAAAGGCGGAAGCAAAAGCGGCAGAACCAGGAGGUAGAGGAGGAGAAGAGCGAGUUUUUCGCCGCCGCCUUCGCUCGGGAGCGAUCGGCUGUGGAAGAGCUUUUGGAAGGCGGGGAGUCGGUGGAGCGGUUGGAGGAGGCAGCCGCUCGGCUGCAGGCACUGCAGAAACUUAUCAACGACUCAGUUUUGUUCCUGGCCGCCUACGACUUGCGGCAGGGGCAAGAGGUGCUGGCGCGGCUGCAGGCGGCCCUGGCCAAGCGGCGCCAGGAGCUGCAGCCUAAGAAGCGUUUCGCUUUCAAGACCCGCAGGAAAGAUGCGGCUUCAGCCACCAAAGUAGAUUCGGCUCCCGGCGUCCCGAGAGCGGAAGGCAUCCUAGCCUCCCCGCCGCCCUUGAAGGAGGAGGGAGGCUUCGGCUCCAGCUGGAUCUGCGGCUUCUCCAACCUGCAGUCCCAAGUCUUGGAGAAGAGAGCCGAGGAGCUGCACCAGCGGGACGUCCUUUUGACCCAACUGAGUAACUGCACGGUCAAACUGUAUGGCAAUCCCAACACUCUGCGGCUGACCAAGGCUCGAGGCUGCACGCUGCUCUGCGGCCCGGUGUCCACCUCCGUGUUCCUGGAGGACUGCAGUGACUGCGUGCUGGCCGUAGCCUGCCAGCAGCUCCGUGUGCACACCACAAAAGACACCCGCAUCUUCCUGCAGGUGACCAGCAGGGCCAUCGUGGAGGACUGCACCGGGAUCCAGUUCGCCCCCUACACCUGGAGCUACCCGGGGAUCGACAAGGACUUCGAGGGCUCUGGUUUAGACAGGAGCAAAAAUAACUGGAGCGACGUUGAUGAUUUCAACUGGCUGGCCCGGGAUGUGGCCUCCCCAAACUGGAAUGUUCUUCCUGAAGAAGAGCGAAGGAUGCAGUGGGACUAAGCAGUUGUCAGUUUUUUCUUCACUUCUACCAAAUACUUCCCUUGUGGGACUGACUCCAGCUAAGGGACCCCAAAGUUUACUUAUUGUUGUCUACGUUUUCAUUAUUUUAACACUUGAGACUGUGAUAGGCUCCAACUUUUGAUUUCCAUUAAAUUUGUGGCAGGUCUAGCACUUUAAAUAAUUUUUGCUAUUUUGGU